UGAAGUCGCAAACACGAAAUUAACACGCGUAAAUAAUAAUCAAAAUCAAAAUCACAAUCAAAAUCGAGAAAGAGAAAGAGAAACACAACUAUUAAGAAUAGAAAAAAACAAAAAUUGAGUGUGUGUGGAACCAAUGACGAAGCAUGGAUUCUGUCAAUGCCAAUAGCCAAUCCGUAGCAAGUGAAUACAGUGAAAAGCAACUCGAGUGCGAAACCAAUGAACAACAGAAAUCAAUAAGCAACAACAACAACAAUAAUUCAACAGCAAUCAAUAACAAUUACAGCAACUACAACAGCAACAACAUUAGUGCACUGAUCGGCAGCAGCAGCAACAUGAAUACAACAGCGAUGCUAAUGCAUCAUCAGCAACAACAGCAGGCAGCAGCAGCAGCAGCCGCCGCUGCAGCCGCCGCCGCACAGCAACAACAGCAACAGCAGCAGCAGCAACAACAGCAGCAGCAACAGCAGCAACAACAGCAACAGCAGCAACAUCAGCAACAGAAUGGCGGUCGCGACGGCAGCAACAGUUCACGUGGCGCCGGCGAUGAGCGGUCCAACAACAACAACAGCAACAACAACAACAGCGGACGCAAUGGACGCGGAUCCAGUUGCUCCCCAGCGAGCAGUCCAACGCGACAUGGCAGCGCUGUGAGUCCGGUGAGCUCGUUGAAUCAAUCGAUGAUGGCACAAAUGGCACAACAGCAACAGCAGCAGCAACAGCAGCAACAACAGCAACAGCAGCAACAUCAUCAGCUCAGUCCGCCGCCGCAUGUGACGGGUGCAUUGCCCACAGGAUUGGCACCAAGGAUGCCACACGGUUUGCCGCCGCAUUCCCUUGGGCUGCUCAACUCGCUGCAGAUGAUGCAUCAUGCAUCGCCGCUGGAACUGAUGGCUGCCGCACAUCAUCAUGUGCCACCGCGAUCGUAUAACUCGCCGCCGCCGAUCUCUACGUCGGAUCCCAGUGCCAAUGAGUGCAAGCUGGUCGAGUAUCGGGGCCAAAAGGUGGCCGCCUUCAUCAUCAGCAAUGAGACAAUGUUGUGCCUGCCGCAGGCGUUUGAGUUGUUCCUCAAGCAUUUGGUUGGCGGCCUCCACACGGUCUAUACGAAGCUGAAGCGUUUGGAUAUUGUGCCGCUCGUUUGCAAUGUGGAGCAGGUGCGCAUAUUGCGUGGCCUGGGCGCCAUUCAGCCGGGUGUCAAUCGCUGCAAGUUGCUCAGCUGCAAGGACUUUGAUGUGCUCUACAGGGACUGCACCACUGCCAGAUGCCUAUCGAUCAAGCCGCCAGAAAGUAACUCUCUGCAAUUCCGCAGUUCCAGACCGGGUCGACCGCCCAAACGUGGCCCCGUUGGCCUCUCACUGCCGCCCACGCAUCUCACCCAGCAUCCGCAGCUGAAGAAGCAUCGCCUGGACAACGGUGACUAUGCCUAUGAGAAUGGUCACAUUAGUGCGUACAAUUUUGUUGUUGCAGAUAUGAAUCGGCUGGAGAAGUCGCCGCUGCUGGCCAACGGCUACAAUCCGCCGCCGAUCAACCACAUGGCCUUCAUGCAGAUGAAUGCCCAUCAUCCGGGUGCCGCUGCCUUGAUGUCUCCCGGAAUGCCCCCGCACGGACUUCAUGCGCGUCCCGAGAGCCAAAUGCUGAAGGCAGCUGCCCAAAAUGCUGGCAUGUCGGCGGCCAAUAUGGAUGCAUUGGCCAGAUCGGGCAUCUGGGAGAAUUGCCGAGCGGCCUACGAGGACAUUGUGAAGCACUUGGAACGCUUGCGUGAAGAGCGCACCGAUGAACGUCAGCAGGCGAUUUGUGCUGGGGGCGGCGGAGAGCGAGGUGGAAGUGUGAUCAGUGAACGUGAUUCGAAACCGCGAGAUCUCAGCUCGCAUAAUUGUUCACCCACGCGCCAGAGUCCAGUGCUGAAUCUGAGCAAAUCCGGCGGCAAUACGGAUCAUGGCGGCAGCAAUUGCGAUGCCGGCAGCGAGCGUAGCGAUUGCUUGUCGGCAGCUGGUUCGCCACGUCAUCCACGUAGCUUGGAUGAGCGCAGUCGCAGCGUUGGCGGCGGUCCCAUCAUUGGCGUCGAGGACGAUGAGGAGGAGGAGAACUUGAGCGAUGAGAACCAAUCUGAAGUCGAUGAACGCUGCCUGGCCAAAGACGAUGAUGACUUGAGUGACACGGAGCGUGAUAAUCUCUCCACGGGUUCGGCGGCCGCUGCCGCUGCUGCUGCCGCUGCCGCUGCCCAUUUGCAUCAACAUGCGGCGGUGGCAUCGCAUCAUCAUCAUCACCAUCAUCAUCCGGCGCAAGCCCAUCAUCUGGCUGGCGUUGGUGCCCAGCAUGGUUCACCCACAGCCGAGGCUGCUGCGGCCGCUGCACUGCAUCAUCAGCGUGCCCUCAACUAUUCCCAGCUCGCCGCUGCCGCUGCUGUGGCCAAUGGCGCCGUUGCCGGCACUGUCGCCGCCAAUGGUCCGCCUUCGGCUGGUGGCGGUGGCGCCUUGACGCCCAAUGAGGCGCUGCUGGCGGCCAACGAUGCCACAGCUGCAGCUGCUCUCGCUGGCGGCUUGGCUCUUGGUCCGCUGGGCAUCGAUGCGCAUGCCGCAGUGCCAGCCAGCUCGACGGAAACGCUGCUCCGCAACAUUCAGAGCUUGCUGAAGGUGGCAGCGGAUAAUGCCAGGCAACAGGAGCGACAAAUCAGCUACGAGAAAGCUGAGCUCAAGAUGGAUGUGCUGCGUGAACGCGAGGUCAAGGAUUCACUGGAGCGACAGCUUGUCGACGAACGUAAAUUGCGUGUGCUUUAUCAGAAACGCUUUAGACGCGAGCGCAAGAUACGCGUCCGGUAUCAACAGCAGUUGACUGGCAGCGCAGGAACUCAAGGAGGUGGCGCAGGAGCUGGAGGCGGAGGUGGCAGCAAGGGAAAUCCAAAUGCGAGUGACAGCAAUGUCACCUGCAGCGACGCUGAGCUUUGCGCCGGCAACGCAGCGGAUGCCAAAUGCAGCAGCGGCAACGGCGAUGCCAAUGAGGCGCUUAAAGAUACCGACGGCGGCAGUCAUGGCGGCAGCGACAAGUCCGAGAAGUCUCUUGGCGCCUCCUGUGAUGUGAGCGGCCAUACGGUUAAUUCGGCCACACGCUCCGAUUCUCCCACCCACUUCAAGCGCGAGCCGCAUUCCGAUCACGAAGGCUCCAUGGAGCAUCAACAGCGCCCCAUCACGGCCCCAGAUAAUCAGCCCCGCUGCUCCAGUCGUGAUCGCGAGGAUCAACCGCCCAGUGCUGGCUCCGUCGCUGCGGCAGCCGCUGCUGCUGCCGCUGCCGCUGAUGGCAGUUUGGCUGCUGCUGCGGCUGCUGCAGCUGCUGCCGCUGCGAGCAAUGGAAAGGCACCUUGGAGCUAUCCAGGCAUCGAUCUGAUGGCCACUGGCGCCUUCUGGCAAAAUUAUUCGGAAUCCCUAGCCCAGGAGCUGGAGAUGGAACGCAAGACACGAGCUGCCAACGCUGAGCGCGAUGUGAAGAGUCCGCUGUCGGAGAGACCAACGGCUUAUUACAAGAAUUCGGUGCUCUUUGGCAGUGCUAAUUAAACUGCAUACUGGAACAGAGCUGUUAGCUGGACAAAAAAGGUGACAUGGAUAUUUGAUCUCAAAGUGCAAUCCAAGCAAGCGCAAGAAAUGGCAAGUGAAUGAUUGAAAAAAAAAAACAGUGGCAGGUGGAAAGUGGAAUCGGGAAGCGGGAGAAACGAGAAACGCGGCCAGAACCAAAAUGCAGAAUCCCAGGCAUUAUUAGAGCAAACUUUUGUACAUAUAUUUACUUAUAUAUAUACUAUAUACAUAUAUAUUUAAUAUGAGAUGAGUGUAGAAGAAUAUUUAGUAUGUGGAUUCGAUUCGUCUGCAGAUCGUUGCAAACGAUCGCGACGGCGAUCAGUUUGAAGUUGAGGAUAAUAUAGGCAAAAAUGAAUGAGUAAAAAGCACUUCCAAAAAGUUAAAAAAAAAAUAAAAUAAAUAAAUAUGAGUGCUUAAAUGAGUGCUCGUAGUUGUACGUUACGUACAUUCA